UGCUCGUGAAAAACAGAGACCGAACCCUUUGAUUGGCUGCUCGGCUCAGCGGUUCUCCGUUCUCCAUUGUGCAAAAAACCCUGCCUCCGCCUGCCCUGCCUGCCGUUGCAUUUAAACCCCUUCGCCUGCUAUAGAGAAAGGCCAAGGCAGUACCAGGCAAGGCACACCGUGAAGGAGCUUGAGCUUUCUCACUGCCGUCACAAGCCUCACAGCAGCGUGUGCUCCAUGGCGGACGCAGCUCGCCUCAUGCUGCUGGUGGCCGUGGCCGCCGCGCUCGCCGGCCGGUCAGACGGCGCGUGGUGCAUGUGCCGCACGGAACAGCCGGACAGCGUGCUGCAGAAGACGCUGGACUACGCGUGCGGCGACGGCGCGGACUGCAAGCCCAUCCUGCAGAACGGCGCCUGCUUCGCCCCGGACACCGUCAGGGCCCAUUGCUCCUACGCCGUCAACAGCUUCUACCAGCGCAACAACCAGAACCCCCAGGCAUGCAUCUUCUCCGGCACCACCACCCUCGUCAGCAGCGAUCCAAGCGGCGGUGGCUGCCAGUACCCUGCAUCCCCAAGCGCUGCUGUGACGAGCACAACACCGACUGGCGGCAACGGCGUGUACAGCCCUCCUACGUUAGGCCCUUCAGCCUUGAACGACAACAACGGCGCUGGCAUCGGCCGGGCGAUCGGAAUCGUCAAGCGGGUGGUGAUCUUGGCUUGCUGCGCGCUCAUGGUUCUCUUCCUCAGGGCGUGAUCACCAUCUCCUACUAUUUAGUCGUCUGGUUUCAUGCACCUUUUCUUCCAGUGGCGGGCAGAAAGAACCUUUUGACGACAUUCCAUAUCAUUCAGGUGCAGAAUUAGGGUGUUAUGAAAACCCUUUAGGCUUUGCAUGCAUUGUCGUAGCUGUUGCGAUUUCCUUUUACUUUAUCAGCUGUAAAUCUAGGAGGGAUGUUGACAUGUUGUGACUUGUGGACAUGGUGUUUCAAUUGUAAUGGGGUGUAAGGGGUGAUGUUGUUCCUACGCCUGCUUUGCCUGAAUCCUUGAUGGACAGUGGUAAUUUCCCGGUGAUUGUUGAGAGAAC